UACACAGACCAGAGUGAGGAGCAGAGCAGGCGGGCUGAGGGACUCUGCAGUUGUCCUCGUGACAGGCUCUUUUUACCUCUCGCCUUACGAACAUUAAACCUGGAUAUAUCACACUCAGGGCGAACUCCCUGAGUGCUGCUGUCAUCCGGGCCCAUCUUCAGCUGUGCUCCAACCUGUCAGGCUCCAGUCAAACAUGUCAUCUGCAUACGCUGCUGCUAUAUCAGCCAUGCUUUCCACCAGCCCUUUGAAUGCACCCCUCAAACCCAGCCCCCGCGUGUCCCCAGACGCAAGAGAGAGGUCUAAACCUUCCCCCCUGCCCAGCAAAGCUGCCCACUGCCCUCCGGCUGCACAGAUCCAUCGUCAUUUCCCUGAGCCUCUGGGAUCUUAUGAAGAGCAACAGGAGAACCCUGAAGACUAUGGCAUCGGUGGUUACUAUUGCGUAGAGAUCGGAGAGGUUUUCAUUGAUCGUUACCAAGUGGUUAAAAAGUUGGGAUGGGGUCACUUCUCUACUGUAUGGCUCUGCUGGGAUAUGGUGACGAGUCGUUUUGUGGCUCUGAAGGUGGUGAAGAGUGCUCAGACAUUCACAGAGACGGCACUGGAUGAGAUCAAACUUCUGAAAUGUGUUAGGGACAGUGACCCCAAAGACCCAAAACGUGAGAGUAUUGUGCACCUCAUUGAUGACUUCAGGAUCAGCGGAGUAAAUGGAGAGCAUGUGUGCAUGAUUCUGGAGGUGCUGGGCCAUCAGCUGCUGAGGUGGAUCGUCAAAUCCAACUACACUGGCCUCCCACUGCCCUGCGUUAAAAGCAUCCUCAGACAGGUUCUGCAGGGUUUAGAUUACUUGCACACUAAAUGCAAGAUUAUCCACACAGACAUUAAGCCAGAAAACAUCCUCCUGAGAGUGGACGAGGUUUACAUUCGGAAGCUGGCGGCCAACACGAAGCUGUGGCAGCUGCCGGCAUCCUCCACUUUCGCGAGCUCGUCAGUGAACAGAAGCUCCAGAGAAAAACAGAGUUUGUCCAGCCUGCUGGGGAAGCUGACAGGAGUUUUCCACACUCUUGGGGAGUGGUCCAGCAAAGUCUCCAAGAGCCCCAUUAUGCGACUGAGGAAGAAAGACAGGAGUCCACGAGGGCAGGAGAUUGCAUCCGACCGCAGUCAAAAGGACAAACUUAAGGUGUCGCUCUCUGAUGCCACUGCUCCCUCUGGCAUCUGCAGCUCCACCUGUAACUCUGAGAUCACAGGUCCUAACCUCACAUUACGAAGACACACCCUGCUGUUUGAAGACGGACUGGAUUCUGCUCCACACGACCACAGAGACUCCAUCUGCUUGUGGUCAGGCCUCAGCACAGAUGCUCCUGCCUGUGGCUCUAGAUCAGUUUUAAUGCAUCAGACUGCCAACAAAGAGCCAGCUCCGCCUUCCCCAUCCUCUCCCCGCAGUAUUAGUGACUCAGAUGUACUUCUGGACCUACUAAAGCCCCAGAAUGCUGAUAAAAUCCUCAUCAAGAUUGCUGACUUGGGCAACGCUUGCUGGGUGCACAAGCACUUCACUGAGGACAUCCAGACGUGUCAGUACCGCUCCGUGGAGGUUCUGAUCGGUGCUGACUACUGCACACCAGCCGACAUCUGGAGCACCGCCUGCAUGGCUUUCGAGCUGGCCACAGGGGAUUAUCUGUUCGACCCCCAGUCAGGGGCCACGUUCUCCCGCGAGGAAGAUCACAUUGCUCACAUCAUUGAGCUGCUGGGACCUCUUCCGUCCCAGUUUGCCCUCUCAGGAAGAAAUUCUAAGCGAUACUUCAACUGUAAAGGACAACUACGACACAUCUCAAAGCUGAAGCCGUGGAGCUUGCUUGAGAUCCUGCUGGAUAAGUACGAGUGGCCACAGGAGGAAGCCGCCCAGUUCAGCUCGUUCCUCCUGACCAUGCUGGAGCUGCUGCCAGAGAAAAGAGCCACGGCUGCCCAGUGUCUGAAACACCCCUGGAUCACCUCCUAAGCAUACCAGUUCCGUCUUGUUCAGAGGCCAGUGGACUGCUGUCUGCUUUGGACCAGGCUUGGACACAUCACAUGUGACAUGGGACUUGGACAGCUGUAGGUUAUACAGUAGUUGUCUGGUGCUGGCAUCAUGAACACAGAGUGAGAUCCUUUUCACAGAUGGGCUGCUUGUUCUUUUACUAUUUUAAUGGAAGUCACAUAAAAUUCAGUCACAGCAAUGAUAAACAAGAAGUUUUGUCUUACUGUAAAACUACCUUGUGACAUGAUGACAAAGUUCUUGAAUUUAAAUAAACUGACAUAUGACGGAUUUAAUUUUUGUUUCUAAGAAAGCUGUAGUAGCUAAGGACUUGGCUUGAGAUCUGCACUCGCUGCUGGGUUGCAUGGAAGCAGGCUGAGCAGUGCA